GUAUCUCGUUAGCAGCAGCAUUGCUAUCGUCUGCUGCGAGGAUGAACCGGUUCCGUCUGCUCCGGUUCAGGUGACGCUUCCCGGCGUCCGGAGGCGCCACCGACCCCGAACCUUUCCGGUUGAUUCACGAGGCUGACGGAAACGGGGGCUUAUGUUGUGAUAGCUGCCACUGGGUCGGCUCUGAGGCAGAAGUGGUUGUCAAAACACGCAGAGGAUUUCUGCAUCAGACCAACUUUCAUCCAGACUCAGCUGGGAUGUCAUGGCAGCUGCCAGCGUGAGCAGACCUGGCAGUGCUCAGACGACAGAAAAGUCUCAGCUGAUCCUCAAAGUGGAGAACGUCCAGCUGAGUCUGGUGCUGCAGACGGAGAACAAAGGCUCAGUUGUAGCAGGAGGAGAGCUCAACGUCUGUCUGGACGGCAUGGCUGUUGACUUGGGCUCUCUGCCCAAUGGGAGCACAGCAGACAUUCAACUUAUUCGGAUCAUAAACGGACCAAUCAGAGGCCACCCUAGAGAGGUGCUUGAGUCAGACAGACCAAACCUGAGGAGGACGCAGAGUGAAGAGAGUACGUCUGCAUCCCACAGCAGGAGCAACAGGCUCUCAGUGGGGGGUCUACAGACCGAAUCGACGGGGGGCUCCAGGGGGAGCUCUCUGACCAAUGGGGAUCUGAGCGAGGAGCAGGUUUUGGGACCGAGCUCCUGCCCUCGCCAUCGGCCUUCCAAGAGUCACGGCAGUCCUGGGGGUGGUGCUGAUAAGGUGGAGGUCGUGUCCAACGGGACGGAGAGCACUUGUGAGUCCGUCGUCCGACAGACUCCUCCCCCUCCGGCCUCUCCAUCGGGCCGAUCUCCCGCCGCCAGCAGCAGCAGCGGCAGCCCGUCUCCGGGUCAGGACGGUCAAGGCACGGCCGCCCCCGCCGAGCCCGGCCCCAACGCCACGUCUAACCCGGAGCAAGGCGGCACCGCAGACCCCGCCACCGACUCACUCCCCACUGGCUGGGAGCAGCGGGUUUUACCUCACGGGAGAGUGUAUUACGUCGACCACAACACCAAGACCACCACGUGGGAGCGGCCGCUGCCUGCAGGCUGGGAGAAGCGAGUGGAUCAGCGGGGCCGUUUCUACUAUGUGGACCACAACACCAGAACCACCACGUGGCAGAGGCCCACGGCCGAGUCGGUGCGCAACUACCAGCAGUGGCAGAGCCAGCGCAGCCAGCUGCAGGGCGCCAUGCACCAGUUCAGCCAGCGCUUCCUCUACCAGCCGUCUGGUGCGCCGGUGGAAAAUGACCCUCUGGGCCCGCUGCCUCCCGGAUGGGAGAAGCGUCAGGACAACGGCAGAGUCUACUUCGUCAACCACAACACUCGGACCACGCAGUGGGAUGACCCCCGGACCCAAGGGAUGAUCAAGGAGCACCCCCUGCCCCCGGGCUGGGAGAUGAAGUACACCGCGGAGGGAGUGCGGUAUUUUGUGGACCACAACUCGCGUACCACCACCUUUAAAGACCCCAGACCCGGGUUUGAGCCAGGGUCACGGCAGGGCGGCUCUCCCGGCGCGUACGACCGCAGCUUUCGGUGGAAAUACCACCAGUUCCGUUUCCUGUGUCAUUCCAACGCUCUGCCGAGCCACGUGAAGAUCUCCGUGUCCAGACAGACGCUGUUUGAGGAUUCCUUCCAGCAGAUCAUGAACGUGAAGCCGUACGAUCUUCGCCGUCGCCUCUACAUAAUCAUGAGGGGGGAGGAGGGGCUGGACUACGGCGGCAUCGCCAGAGAGUGGUUCUUCCUGCUGUCUCACGAGGUCCUGAACCCCAUGUACUGUCUGUUCGAAUACGCCGGCAAGAACAACUACUGCCUGCAGAUCAACCCGGCCUCCUCCAUCAACCCCGACCACCUCACCUACUUCCGCUUCAUCGGCCGCUUCAUCGCCAUGGCGCUGUACCACGGGAAGUUCAUCGACACCGGCUUCACGCUGCCCUUCUACAAGCGCAUGCUGGACAAGAAGCCCACCCUCAAAGACCUGGAGUCCAUCGACCCCGAGUUCUACAACUCCAUCAUGUGGGUCAAGGAGAACAACCUGGCUGAGUGCGGCGUGGAGCUGUACUUCGCUCAGGACAUGGAGAUCCUGGGGAAGGUUUCCACCCACCAGCUGAAGGACGAUGGCGAGAACGAGCUGGUCACGGAGGACAACAAGGACGAGUACAUCAGCCUGCUGACGGACUGGAGGUUCACGCGCGGCGUGGAGGAGCAGACCAAGGCCUUCCUGGACGGCUUCAACGAGGUGGUCCCUCUGGAGUGGCUGCGCUACUUUGACGAGAAGGAGCUGGAGCUGAUGCUCUGCGGGAUGCAGGAGAUCGACCUGGCCGACUGGCAGAAGAACACCAUCUACCGCCAUUACACCAAGAACAGCAAGCAGAUCCACUGGUUCUGGCAGGUGGUGAAGGAGAUGGACAACGAGAAGAGAAUCCGUCUGCUCCAGUUUGUGACGGGAACCUGCCGACUGCCGGUCGGAGGCUUCGCUGAGCUCAUAGGAAGUAACGGUCCCCAGAAGUUCUGCAUAGACAAAGUGGGGAAGGAGACUUGGCUUCCAAGAAGCCACACAUGCUUCAAUCGUCUGGACCUGCCGCCCUACAAGAGUCUGGAGCAGCUCAGAGAGAAGCUGCUCUUCGCCAUCGAGGAAACGGAAGGAUUCGGGCAGGAGUGACAACAGUCGCUACACAGAAACACUAAACUCAGCAUGACCGUUUUCUUCUUUAGACUCAUUGCUUCCUCUCGGGGUUCAGACCUUCGCCUCAUCCCAGCUCCUCAUCCGGAGAGUCCCGCCUGAACGCAGGUUUGAGACCUAAACGCAGAGGGCGGGUGUGCGGCACGAGUGUGGAGUUGUGUGUUUCUGAACAAAGGACACGCCUCCACUGCCCGCUUCCAAACGCAC